UAGUUCAUACAAUUUUGUAGUCCAUAAAGUGAUUAAUCCUCAGUAAACGAUCUUUAGCUCAUAAAAACACCAAAACAAAGCUAAAGUCAUCAUGUCUGAAAACGGCAGUUAUUUUUCCACUCCAACGUUCUCCGCUAACAGAUUUAAAGCUCUCGACUAUGUCUUUGAGACCACCACCAGUCUAAAAGUAAUGAUGAACCUGCUGGCCCUGCCAACACCUUACAUUACUGGAACCAGUGACCCGUACCCGCACAGUGGGAAAGUACCUGAUGACACCUACAGGACCCCGUGGAUCAGAGGAAAGGUGAUCCCCACUUGCAAGCUCUUUGUCAGUGAUUCUGUACUUGAUGACCUGGGAGAAAAAAAGAACCCAGUUAAUUCACUAGAAAGAUUUAAUGUGACUCUGAGUGAGGUGACAGGAGAUUUGGAGAUAAUACCCAGCUCUAAUCCUGACUCACUGAAGGAUCUGGACCAGGAUGAGUAUCUUUGCAUUUUAAAGGACUCACAGAUCAAUAAUCCAUGUCAGGAAUCAUUUUUUAAGUGGACAACUGACCAUAUGGAACAUGUAAAUGAGAAUAAGGUCAAAGAUCUCCUCCUGCAAGAGGAGCUCAUGGCUGUUGAUUACCUGCAACACUUCAAGAGAUAUUUACCUACGCUGAAAGCCAAACUGUCCCGGCUGCGGAUGCUUCCUGUGGCCGACCCUCUGCUGAGCUCAAUGGGAAAAACCAUCUCUGAGGACGCCAUAUUCAGGCGCUGUGCUCCUUAUGAAAAACCUCCUGAUGUGUUCACCAGUGUCACUCAGGCAUGUGCAAACAUUCAUGAGGAGUUUCAUAAAGAGACACUGGUGAAAGAAGAGUCUCUGCUGUUGCCAGCUGUAGUGGACACUCUGAGUCUGAGCCUAGAAUACAGCACUGCCUUUUCAAGCAUUUGUGGUCAAAUGAAAGUUGCUCCUGAACAGCUGGAUGAGCAACUUCUAGUCCAGGAUAUGCUUCAAAAAGCUUCCCUUUCAGAUGUUUCAGUAUCGGUGGAUAUUUCCCAGUUUGAAGUACCAGAGAACCCUGUGGAGAAAUGCAGCAUGACUGGAGGCCUGAUGGAGUCAGAGCUGGCAGGACGUGUGAUGCUUCCGACUGAUUUGGAGCUGGACGUGACUUUGAUGGCGACUCCCAAGACGAGUCAAACCCAAAUCUGUCUCUCCACAUGUGACCUCCAGGAGGAGGAGUUGCCAGAGCUCUGCAGAGGAUCUCUGGUGUCAGCGAGAGCUCAGAAAGAGAUGGAGACGGCUGUUUGGGAGGCAGAGAAGCAUCCGACCUUUGUGGCGCGCUUUCUGUUGGCAGAGCCUCAAAUGUUUGAGCCAGCUGUUGACUUCCAGCCUCUGUCUGACGCCUGGAGAGUCAUGAAGUCAGAGAACGAGAGUUUCAUGAGCGUUGACGACAAACUGCAGUCACAGAUGGAGACGGGAGCCUCGCCGGUGUAUUUGUGCAGCAGCCGUGAGUUCACAGAGAGCAUAAGGGCUGAGUGUCCCUCCACCACCGAGGAAAAGAUGGAGGACUUCAAAGAACUUUCACCUGAAAAUGAGGACAUCACAUUCGGAUCCAUACUGAUGACUCGCACAAACACAACUUCGUUACCUCACCUGAAGAAAUCUGAAACUGCUGCUUGUCAUGAUGAAGCUACUGCAGAGGACCUCUUUCUUCAAAAGGAAACUGUUGCUGAUACGUCUCAGAACGCUUCACUGAUGCAUAGAGUCAACACGAACAUGAAAGAAGUAAAACCUGCUGCUACCAACAACACCAGAGAUGACGUUUCAGACAAGACGUUUUUAGAAGUUGCCGCCAAGUUUUCUGCUCCUACGAACGAUGUUAACGCAGGUAGAGACGACCGGAAGAAGGAGCAGAGCCAUGUGUCCUUCAGAGACGAUCACACAGGUCUGCUGGCUACAAGACGUCCACCAGGGAAGGACCUGGACCCUCUGUCCACCUUCAUGAGACUGAGAUCUCAGCAGACCAGUCCGACUCCUGCAGCGCCUCAGAGCUCAGCCAACGCUGCAGCAUCAAACAUGGACCAACAAAAACAACCAUCUGAGCAUCAUCAACAUCCUCCAGAGCAGAUGAAACGAUCGGAUCAGAGGACGACAUAUGCGACGGGUGCCGUGUCAGGAAACGCUUACAGAGAGCAGAAAGCAGUUGGUCAAGUCCUUGGUCAUCCUGUCCCUCAGGACAGACAGGACAGCAGAGUAGUUCAAGUCCAAGCUACAGACAGCCAGCAGCGUGCCUACUGGGAGCUGCUGGCCUUCGCUCAGCCUUGUUUGAGCUUUGCCAGACAGCUGGGGCUCAACUUCCCGGGAUGGGGAGACUUCAGCAGCCUGGCUCCAGACCAAACGCACUUCUUACUCAAACAGCAGGAGAAGGCACUCUGCAGGACACAGAGUGCAGAAACAGUCAGAGAUCAGGAGCUGCUCUUCAACCAGGCGGCUCUCAUUCAUGUGCUGGUGACGUUCAAGGAGCUGCUGCUGAAGUGUGACCUCAGUACUGCAUUGGAGUACCUGAUCAAGGCAGCCGAGGCGUGUGCUGAGAAGCGUCUGGAGCAGCUGGUGAAGAGACUACAGAUCAGCCUCUACCUCAAUCGCAAGAACCCAGAGUCCAACCUCAAACUGCAGGAGCUGCAGCAGCUGGUGGCUGCAUGGCUGCACAGCAGGACGGGACAGAACACAACAGAGAAAAUCCUCGUCAUAAUAUCAGUCGACUCUGACGAUAUCAGAUCUUUAAUCUUGAAAACUUUGAGCCCAGUGACUGGUGCUGCUGUAACUGCAAUUUGUCCUGAAGAGGACAAGAAAAAAGUGAAUGGUGCCAGUGUGGUCAGCAGCAUGUGUGACAGUGUGUGUGUGGUGGUCUAUGAGCAGCACGUUGGGCCCGACUUCCCCUGGAGCUGUUUCUCUCUGGUGGUGGAGUACGACCAUCCAGGCCAGUCACCGUGGGCCACUGUCUGCAGAGAGAGGAACAUCAGUCACCUCCGCUUCAACACAAUCAUCUCAGACACCGAUAAGCAAAAAGCCUCCUGGUGCCUUGAGGACAAUGUGCCAUAUGUGCUGUUUGUCACAGAGGGACUUCUCGACUGUCCACUGCUGCUGCAGACACUCGAGUCUGGGUUUAAUAUAACUGUGUUGGAGAGGAGCUACUGUCCGUCCCUGCAGAUUCUGGGAGGGACUCAUCACUACGCUGUGAUCACAGUGGAUGAAAGCACCGCUAUCAUCAUUCAGGAGGGGGAUGAACUAUGUCAGGAUCGAGCCAGUGAGGGAGUAGUGAUGCGGCUGACCGCGCUCUCUCUGCAAUACAACUGCUGUUGGCUCAUCCUGCAUUGCAGAGACAGUCAGGGAGGAGGAUUUACCAGCGAAGCUUUUAGUAACUUGGUGUUGAUUUAUUCGUCUCUGGUGCUGUUCGGAAUGAAAUCUGAGGAUCUGGACAUCAAGGUGCUGAUUGUGUCUGAGGUGACUGAAAUAGCCAAACGGAUCAGUCAGAUCUGUUUCGGAUGUCUGAUGAGAAGUGAGAAGGAUCCUCUGCACGACCUGGACAGAGACUGGCUGACUGUGAUUCCCUCAGCGGAGGAAACGUCUCUGUUGCAGUUCCCAUGUAUUAACCCUCUGGUGAGUCAGCUGAUGCUGAGGAGGGCACCCUCCGUCCAGUGGCUCCUGGAGGCAUCUCUGUCUCAGCUAAAAAAGCUUCUCCCUGAGGUGCCACAUAAAGUUCUGAAGCUGUUCAGUGAUACCACUUCCCUGUACACACGGACCACAGACCAGCCAAAGUCUCAAACAGCCGUCACUGAGACAAACCAACAAACCAGUCCACCAAACAGUCCCUGGAUCCCCACUGCUGAGCCUGAGUACCUGGAUUCUGACCCACAACCAGAACUCCCCAUCAGCCCCCAUCCAGAACUAUUCUGUAGUGACCACGACUCCAGCUUCCUGUUUGGAGCCGAUCGCAGCUUCUGUGAACUAGAACCAGACACGAUGGUUGAGAAGGGCAACACAGACUUCACACUCGACCUGAGUUCUUCCUUCAGCAGCCCAGAUGUUCACCUCCAGAGGAGCUGGACUACCACUGACUGGUGGAAGGAGGAGGACAGAGAGGAAGUGAAGUUUCCUGUCUGGAGACCCAGAGCUGGAGCUGUGGGGAGAGUUGUUGGAAGAAUUAACGAUGAGUGGAGACAGAAAGCUCCAACAAACACUAACACAGACACUCCUGGAGUCGAACUCAACAGCCCCUUCAAGUUGGACUCCACAUUCAGUUACAGGCCGAUCCUGCAGCAGCCAGACAACAGUCAGACGUCCACCUACUCUACAGUAUACAGUGACCUCCAGCAUCCAGAUAACCAGCACAUUUCCUACAGUCAGAGCCCUUCUCCAGAGCUCACGCUAUGGAGUCAAGGUCAGAGCAACAACGACUGCCUCAGCAACAGUGGUGAGACAACGUCAGUUUCAGCUAACUUUGGCUCCAGGUGUUGGAUCAGACAAGAGAGGAAGAGGAGUGGCGAGGCUGCAGGUGUGGUUGGAACAGUGUUGUCACCACAGAAGAGGGGCAGGUUGAGCUACGAGAAGGUGCCCGGCAGAAGUGAUGGACAGACGAGGCUUAAAUUAUUUUAGGCAUAAAUGCUUUGUUCCUGUUUGUAAAGAUACAAAAGGUUUCGUUAGUUUAAAGUUAAUAAUCGCAAAACUGUUUCUGAGUUUUUAUCCAGGUGAAAUGACGUUUUACUUUGCCUGGGGGAACAAACUGUUUCCAUGUUUUGGAUAAAAUGUCUACAUUUGUGGCAUAAAUUCUACAUUUAACAUUGUCGAUUAUACGCCUCCUGUUCAAUAAAAUAUUCCGUUGCUUCUGUUGCAUUGCAAAUUCACAUUUUUCAUUUCAUUUGUCACAUCUUGUACUGCCCACAUUUCACCUCUUCAGGUGAUGAUCAUCACCUGCAUAUGUGUAUGUGUGACUGCAGCCUCACUCCUGGUUCUUUCUUUUAAAACCAGCUGUGUUGAGAAAAAAAGCAGAACAGGAAUUAAAUUGCAGUAGUUGAUAACAAAACAAUUGUAAAUUAUUAUUUUCAGUCAACGGUUUAAUACUUUGUUUUGUAAAGUAUUAUCGUGUUAAUAGUAUUUAUUAUGACUUGUUUUAAGACUUUUAAGCUGGUAUUGAAAUGGUAUUUUUGUGAUUUAUUAAAUCAAGCUUGUAACUCUUGUUUACUAUGUUAUGCAUUAUUAAAUGUCCUGUAUUGUUAGGGAAUUCAUAAUUGGAUGCUGGUAUAAAAGCAGAUAAUGAAUGCCAGUAUAACACAGUUGUAAUUUUAUAAGCAUCUUUUUAAGUAAAAUUGCAAUUGCUGAAAAUACUGCACAUUAAUAAACACCUUAUAUCUGCUUACAAUUACAUUGUGUUUAUAUACUGCUUCUAAGUAAUAAAUAGGGGGUGGUGUUGCCAAUUUCUUUUAAAAAAAUAAGAUUAAACAUGAAGAUUACAGCUGUGUGCACAUUUUGCUUUUGUUUUCCUCUAUACAGAGCAUGCUCAGUAGUGAAAAACAAAUUGUGAUUUAUGGUUGGAGGAGUGGGAUCGAGGGUCUUUCCCAGCUAAACUGAUAAAGCCUCUCAUUUUAGCAGCUCCAAUGGUGGGGCUAUUUCUUUUUUUUUUUUUCUUUUUUUCAUUUAGUGAAGCAAUCCCCUUAUCAUCGUCUCUCAGCAUGUGGAGAGAGUGCUUAUCUUCACGAGCCAGCAGAGUGAAGCCAGCUCCCUCAGGAAUGAUCCCUAGACAAAGACAACCCCGAGGGACAUCGACUCCAAGCCUCCCUGCCUCUGGACA